AUGCCCACCCUCCGCGCCGGGAAAGCUAUGCUCGUCCCCCACCAAUCGCAAUCCAAUGGCCUUCCCAACUCUCCAGAUAUGUCCAACAGCCACGGUUACGCAGCGCGGGAUCAGUAUCAAUACCCAACUCAAGCCGAUGUACUCAGCCACAUGCCCCAGAAUCUUGAAUCCACAGCCUUGUUGAACAAUUACCGCGAUCAAGGUAAUCCGUACUUCAAAGAACAGAUGCCCUCUUCUCCAGCACCCAGUAAAGCUAUGCGAUACAUGCCGGACAAUCAGAUGGAUAUGGUGAAGUACCAUAACAACAAUACAAUGAACGAAUUUCCGCCAGCGCCAGGCUAUGAAAUGCAAGGGCCUUCACAAGGCUAUUCGAAUCAGGAAGAUGACCUGGAUCAGCAAGCUCUGCGGGCAAAGAGGGACGCGGAAGCAAAGCGCAAGCAGAUACCGCCGUUCGUGCAGAAGCUUAGCAGUUUCCUCAAAGAUCCAGCUAAGGAAGGUUUGAUACGGUGGUCUAGGAAAGGAGACUCUUUCAUCGUCAUCGACGAGGAUGAGUUUGCGAGAACCUUGAUACCAGAACUGUUCAAGCACAACAAUUACGCCUCAUUCGUGCGACAGCUGAAUAUGUAUGGAUUUCAUAAGCAGGUGGCUCUAUCCGAUGGUUCCAUGAAAGCUGGCGAGAGAAAGAACAAAAGCCCUAGCGAGUAUUCAAACCCAUACUUCCAGAGAGACCGUCCGAAUCUGUUAUGGCUGAUUCAAAAGCCGAAGAACGCUCCAAUGAAGGGCACUGGGAAGGGAGGCACAAGAGCAAAGCAAGAAGAUGCGGAUGAGGAAGUCGAUGACACCUUCAACCGAGAUAGCUCGAUACCCCCAAAUUAUGGACCGAUUGACAGUGGUACCGGCAUAGGCACUGGCCGGCAGCCUCUCAUGCUAGGCAAUGCCGGGACUAGUCUUCCACCUGACCAAUUCGCAGCAAUCCAGCAGGAGCUCGCAGACAUCCGAGCCAACCAGGUCAAGAUCACCAAGCUGCUGAACAUGACACAAAUAAGGCAUGAUCAGCUCUACCAUCAGGCAAAGGCUUUCCACCACAUGCAUGAACAACAUGAUAACUCCAUCAACGCUAUCCUAACCUUUCUUGCGACAAUCUACAACAAGAAUCUCGAUCAAGGAACGACAAUGGACAUGAGAAACCUCUUCAACGGUCUGCCAAAUAAGCAAGGCCAGGGUAAUGUUGUCGAGGUUGGCGAUGACAAUACUCAGAGUCCGAGCAAUGUUCAAAGUCAGCAGCAGCCGUUCCGAAGACAGCCAUUACUUCUCAAAGACGGUAGUGCGAAUUCGCCAGCUACGACCCUGGACAGUCCCAAGAAUUACAACCAAUCCUACGGCAAAGCGACUCCAGACAGCUACGAAUAUCCUACCAGAUCUCGCUCCAACAUGGAUUCUCCAGCAAUUCGAGAACUCUCUGACCGCGGUACCUCUUCCAAUCGGUCCUCCCAAUCGCCCCAGAUCAAGCCAAACCACGACGCUGACCAGCAAAUGCCCGAGGCAGACAUAAUGUCAGUGAUCAAUUCGCACAACGCAAAUGCGCUAUCUCGGAACGAUUCCACCAGCACCCGGAUGGAAUUUCCUGAAGCUUUCUCUCAUUUGCAAAAUAGUAACAAUUUGACACCACGCCAGCGGGAGGACAUGCUGAGCAUGAUGUCCAAUGAACUGGCUAAUAGCCCUCAAAAUGGCGCAAACCACGGGAACAGUAGCUUAACGUCCUACAGUCCGAUUGGCAGUACCGCCGGUUCCAAUAUCGAACAACUCGAGUUGGAACGGAAUCGCAUCAACCAGAUCCAACAACAAUUGCAGGAGCAAUCCGCGCGUAUGGAGAACCUGAUGGGUAAUGUGGUCCCAUUGAGUCCGACUGGUUCGAUUCCGGGAGUAACGGAUCAGAACCACAACAAUGCAAACCCGGAACUGGGCUUUGACGACAUUUUCAAUACGACCGACUACUUCAACGGCGACAAUAAUCUCAACGGGGAUUAUGACUGGUCGAACAGCAAUGGCAACCUACCGAGUUACGACUUCAGUGUCGACGCGCCCCCUAGUGACAAUGGGGCAGACACCGGGGAAAACAUGUUCAGUACCGACGGCGCAGGAGGAGGCAGAGUCACGGAAGCAGGCAGCAGUGAGGCCACGAGUCCGGCUAACACGGUGGACGAUGGCGCCGCUGGCGGGGACGAAGCGGUGGGAAGUCCCGGAAAGAGGAGACGCAUACGUUGA